AUGAGAAACCAGGAGGACGGUCGGGUCGGAAAUGGGUCGCGCGGAAAAGGCGAAUGCGAAGGUGAAGGACGACUCUUGGGUGAGGGGUACCUAAGGCAUUCAACGGCCAUCGUCAUCUUUGGGCCCUGGGCAAGGUUGUCCUGGAACACUGAUGUCAUUUUGCUUCUUGGGUUCAAACGAGGGCAUUGUCUUGAUUCGAUUGGUCGGCAUGAUGAGGCAUGUUCGAGGGAGAGGGAUCGCUGGCAUCUUGAGCAGCGAACAAUAUCGAAGGUGGACACAACAGUCUUCGAAGACUCGGAGGAGGAGCGGGGAGUCAGUCCUGUGCUGGAGGUAUUGGAGGAAGACUCCUGCAUUGAGGCAGAAGUCGAGCUCAUGAUGUACUGGGAAAUGCGGUUUGCGUCGCGAAGAGGUCGCUGGGUGAGCGCGGAAAUUUUGAGCGAGAUAGAGAUCGUAGGAGACUCGAGAGAAUCGAGAGAGUUGAGAAAGAACGGGCAGAUGAGAAGUGAUGCAACAAGGACCUUGAGGCAGGGCUCCGGGAAUGGCGGUGUUCAGGCGAGCAUGUGCAGGAUCGGUUUCCGGAUAAGAUCAGGCAAAACAGGGCGAGCAGAGCAGGAACAGGGGGAGGAAAAAGCGGCUGGUGUGGAAAACCACAGCAACGAAAACCCAAGUAGAAGAACAACGGCCUUGAUCCCUGACCAGUGA